AUGGUGUCCCUCGAUGAGGCUGUUCAGAGGCUGCACGAGUCGAAGCCCCCCGCCACAGACACUUUCACGUACCUUACCAUCAUCGAAACGAACCUAUCUCCCGAGAUUCUUCCAGCCCUUCAUGAAGUCCUUGAAGAUGCUGAACUCACGGCGGAUAUUGGCUGGGACCUCGUGGAGAUGCUGAUCUCUGUCCCCGGGAGUCAAAAUUGUCUUGAGACCAUUGCCCGCCUCGGAAACCCCCGUGAGGUUAUUCUCAAGGUUGUCGAAGUGCUCGAGUCCGACUCGGAAUCAUCUGAGGCCGGUGAUGCCUCUGCAAGCGCAAACUUCAUCACCCUGGUUGGUAUGCUGGGCAUCCUCCACAGAAGACUGCAGGUCAAGGCGCCAUCUCGAUUUCUUCAUACUACGCUACAGACCGUUUACCAAGCAUAUAACCCCCAAGGCGCCGAGACCACGGCCGCAGUGAUUGAUCUUGUGAGAUCUCUUUCCGGAAGAAAGCGACCAGCGCUACCUACAAGACAAUCCAGCGCAAAGCUUGAGACUCCUUUCCAAGAGAGCGACAUGUCUAAGAGCGCACCCGACCCUGAGGGAGACGCAGGUCAAACAGGCGAGGGCGAGUCUGAGCUGGUGUCGCGCAUCUUGCAGUCAUUUGUCACGAGCAUUCUCGAGGCCUACGUCAACUCAAACAGUCUAGAGUGGGCUGCAAGGCACUUGGAAUACUGCAACCCAGAGAGGAUCGUGCCAGGGAAGCCAACCAUGUUGCAAAUGUUCAAGCAGGUUGAAGAGCUCCAGGCCAGAGAUGCCUUGGUUGGACAGUUAGUUUCUGUUGCUCGCGAUUUAGGCCUGGCAAAACUGCCAUCAGCUGAGGUCAAGAAGGUUUUGCAAUCUCCAUUCGCUGUGAAUCCGCUUUCUGUUGAACCUGAUGCCAGGCAUCCCGACGCCAUUAAGCUAUCGACUGGUGGUUUCCUUUGCUUGACUGCUUAUAGAAUGUUUGCAUCCGAUAUUUUUGAUGCUGAUUACGAGCAGCCUGACGCUCACAUCUUUCCUGAACAUCACAACUUGUUCAAGCGAUUCCUUGGAGAUGAGCCUCAGACACAAAUCGAAAACAAUCCCGGAACUGUCGAAGCAUUAAUUGUUAUUGCGCUAUGGCUAUACGAUCAAAAGCGGAUAACUGGACCUAAGGCAGCUGACGACAAGGACGCGACGUUCAUGUCAUAUCACCAUUUACUGACGCUCGUCUCUGUCUUCCAUCCGUCGAUACGGGUACGGAACGCGGCUACCGUAUUGGCAGGUUAUAUCCUCCACCAAGAUCCCGAUGAUGAAGACAGGUUAAAUAUCCUGGAGGAUCUGUUGGAAAACUGCAUGUUCUCAUCUCUGCAAGCAUGUGCAGUAACAUGGCUGCGAGAGGAGAUCAUCGCUGCCCGCAAAGCUGGCUCAAAGGGCCGCUUUGCCGAUCCCGGCUGCCUGGACACGCUUCAGUACACCCUUUUCCAGGAUCUAGAAUAUCUUGCCGAAACAGACAUGGAGGCGCUUUGGGAGUUUUGGAUACAGAACGCACCGUUCCAUCUUCAGGUUGCCAACUUUGCCCUAUUCUUGUUUGGUGGCCAAGACUACAGAAAUUUGGCCCCUGCCGGAAUGGCUGCAGCAAUAGAGCAUAGAUAUGUGAAGCCCUUGCUGGCCGCCGCUCAGCGUCUUAAAGAGGAAGAGGUAAAGAAGAGCUCUGAAGGAUCAGAGCAGGAGGCUGAGGUAUUGAUGCAAUUGGGCAUUCUGACGGAUGUUCUUGAGCGUGUUCCUCUACAGUAG